UAGACAUCCAGAUACGACCAUCUCAGUUUUCUUUUCUUCUGUUAAAGUAUUCAUAGAGAGACAUGGAGGAUUACGAUCAUUCUUCUUCAAAAGUAGAUCGCAGGACUGUAGAAAAAAUUAGGAGAAAUCACAUGAAGAACCUCUACGCAGAGCUCAAUUCUCUAAUCCCAAGUCAUGGCACCAAGGAGACUAUGGCACUGCCUGAUCAAAUAGAAGAAGCCACAAAUUAUAUAAAAAUGUUGCAGCAGAAGUUGGAAAGAAUGAAAGAGAAGAAAGCGAGCAUAAUGGGGUUAGAAGGAAUAACAAGUGGAAUGAUGGUGAGAGCUAAGUCACCCCACAUUGAGAUACAUGACAUGGGUUCUGCUCUACAGGCGGUUCUGGUCAGUGGGUUGGAUCAUCAUCAGUUGUUGUUUUAUGAGAUCAUACGGCUGCUUCACGAUGAAGGAGCUGAGAUUGUGAGUGCCAGUUUUUCUGUAGUCGAUAAUUCGGUUUUCCACACUAUUCAUGCGGAGGUGGGAGAGUCUACGCAGGGUUUUGAAGGUACAAAGAUAUCCAGAAGACUGCAAAAUUUUGUCCAUCAAUUCGUCGAGGCUUCCUAGAUGAUAGUGGCAGAGGAUGCCCAGGAGAUGGAGAGCGGGAAGCUUUGAAGAAACAAAAUUCUUUAUCUCUUUCCUAGUUUUGAUUUAUUGUUUCCCAAUCGAGCUGCCAUGUUCAACAAGGAAUAUCAAAUGAGGCCUAUUUAACACUUUUAGGGACAAUAGAGAAUGUUAAAUUUCAGCUAUAAGUAAGUUAGCAUUCUCUGUUGUGAGUAGAGAUUUCUCCUUUUCUCAUUUUUUUUUCUAGU